AUGGAGCGCCACAAGAAGACUGUCUCCAAAAUUGCUGCUGCAGUGCGGUCGUUCUUCGACCGGAAGGAGCCCUACCGCAUCUUCCACGGCUCGACCAACAGCACCCGUCCCUUCCGCCGAGAUCGCUUCGUUGAUAUCAGCGCCCUCGGCAAUGUUCUCGAGGUCAACAAAGCCGCGCGCACCGCCCUGGUCGAGCCCAAUGUCCCCAUGGACCGCCUUGUUGAGAGCACCCUUCGUCACGGCCUGAUCCCCCCCGUCGUUAUGGAGUUUCCCGGCAUCACGGCCGGAGGAGGCUAUGCCGGUACCGCAGGCGAGAGCUCGAGCUUCAAGCAUGGCUUCUUCGAUGAUACCAUCAAUGAGGUCGAGCUUGUACUGGCAAACGGCGAGGUCGUCCGCGCCAGCCGCCAUGAGAGAUCCGACCUCUUCCGGGGCGCCGCUGGCGCCGUCGGCACUCUAGGUGUCACCACCAUGAUUGAGCUUCAACUGAUCGAGGCCAAGAAGUACGUGAAGACGACGUACCACCGCACUCACAGCGUCGCCGAGGCUGUCGAGACGGUUCAGGCCGAGACGAUGAACCCGGAAAACGACUACGUUGAUGGCAUCCUUUUCUCCAAGGACCACGGCGUCAUCAUCACCGGCAAGCUGACGGACGAUAUUCCCGCUGACAGCAAGCCUCAGACUUUCAGCGGCGCCUGGGAUCCCUGGUUCUAUCUUCACGUCAAAGACCGAACCAUUGGCGCCUCUUCCGGUGCCAUCGAAGGCACUGCCCCUGUCAUCGAUUUCGUCCCCUUGGCCGAAUAUCUAUUCCGCUAUGACCGAGCUGGCUUCUGGGUCGGCGCUGCUGCCUUUGAUUACUUCAAGUACGUGCCGUUCACGCGCUUCACCCGUUGGUUUCUCGACGACUUUCUUCACACGCGUAUGCUCUAUCGUGCGCUGCACGGGAGUGGCGAGUCGGCACGCUUCGUCGUUCAGGACCUCGCGCUCCCCUACAAAAACGCCGAGCGCUUCGUGGACUACACUGCCGAAAACUUCAACAUCUGGCCGCUGUGGCUUUGCCCCUUGAAGCAGACGGCACCGCCAACCUUUCACCCGCACACGGGCGAGAUUGAGACCCGACCGGCAGCCGGUAGCAGCUCGAGCAGUGUCACUACCGCGCCCAAACCGAUGCUCAACAUCGGUCUAUGGGGCUGGGGCCCUGCGAACCCUGAUGAGUUCGUGGCUAAGAACCGCGCGCUCGAGCAUAAGCUGCGCGAGCUCGGCGGGAUGAAGUGGCUAUACGCGCACACAUACUACACCGAGGACGAAUUCUGGCAGGCCUAUGAUCGUGAGUGGUAUGACGAACUUCGUGUCAAGUAUGGCGCUACGACCCUACCAACGGUCUACAACAAGGUCAAGGUUGAUGUCGAUGCCCGGAAAGAGGAGCUUAAGAACUGGCGCCAAGUUGUAAAGUCGAAGCCGCCCAUCGGCGGCCUUUAUGGUAUCUGGAAAGCUAUCCAGAGUAAGGAUUACCACCUGCAUCGCCACGCAGAGUGGAAGUACAGGCGUGAGCAGUAG